AUGUGUUCCCCUCAGGCGCUGAAGCUGCCACACGUGGUGUACAUCGAAGAGGAUGCCUACGUCUUUGCCCAGAGCAUCCCCUGGAAUUUGGGCAGGAUUGUGUCACCGCAGCCCAGCUCGGGUGCCUACAGCCCUCCCAAUAAAGGUGACCUGGUGGAGAUUUACCUGCUGGACACCAGCGUGCAGAGCACCCAUCGGGAGAUCGAGGGCAGGGUGCUUGUGACCGACUUCGAGAGCGUCCCCGAGGAGGAUGGCACCCGCUUCCACAGCCGAGCGGGCUUGGGGCUGUGCAUCCCAUCCCUCCCACAUCCCCCUCCGUCACCGCCCCGACAGGUCAUCACGGUGGGUGCCACCAACAGCGAGGACCAACCCGCCUCCAUCGGCACCCUGGGCACCAACUUUGGCCGCUGCGUGGACCUGUUUGCCCCAGGGGACGACAUCGUCGGCGCCUCCAGCGACUGCAGCACGUGCUUCACGGCGCAGAGCGGGACGUCGCAGGCGGCUGCGCACGUGGCAGGCAUGGCCGCCAUGCUGCUCAGCGCCGAGCCCCAGCUGAGCCUCGCCGAGCUCCGGCAGCGCCUCCUGCGCUUCGCCACCAAGAAUGUCAUGGACAUGGUGUGGUUCCCUGAGGAGCAGCGGCUCCAGACACCCAACAGCGUGGCCGGGCUGCCGGCCCGGCUGGGAGCAGACGAGCAGCUCUACUGCCGCUCGGUGUGGUCGGCACGCUCGGGGCUCAGCCGGCACGCCACCGCCGUGGCGCGUUGCGCCGAUGCCGAGGAGAUGCUCAGCUGCUCCAGCUUUUCCCGCAGCGGCAGGCGGCUGGGGGAGCACAGGGAGGACAAGGAUGGGCAGAAGCAGUGCGUGGCCCACAACGCUUUCCGGGGUCAGGGUGUCUACGCCAUCGCCAGGUGCUGCACGUGGCCCAGGGCUGAGUGCCGGAUCAACGCCAGCUUGCCGGCGGCCGAGGGGGCCGGCUGCUCCCCACGGAACCACGUGCUGACCGGUAACGGCGGGUUACACCCCGCCGUGGCGCUGGCUGAUGGCGGCAGACCCAUUGCGGGGCCAGGGAACGGGUCCAACCACUGCGCUGGCAGGACGGAGGUGAUGGCGCACGCCUUGUGCUGCCCCGCAGCCGCCAUCGAGUGCCGGGUGAAGGAGUGCACAUCCCCAGGCUCUGUGGAGAAGGUGACGGUGUCCUGUGAUGAUGGCUGGACUCUGACGGGCUGUAACGCCCAUUCCCAGAGCCCUGGUGUCAUGGGAGCCUACGCCGUGGACGAUACCUGCGUGGCAGCCAGUGUCCCGGGCAGCAGCGCAGCCGUGGCCAUUGCCAUUUGCUGCCGGAGCCGGCAGUAG